AUCUUUGUUUUCGAAAAUUGAAGAAUCUAUCCAUGGCAUAUCCAAUAACCAAUGUGACUCUUCUAACUGGAACCAUUAUCACCAGUAUCACCAACAGUGUAAAUGGCACUGAAAAAGGAGUACAACGCAUACAGCCAAUUGUUCAGGAAAUCUCCAUUGUGGCCUACAUCGUGGCCUUUUUGCUGGGUACCACAGGGAAUGGUUUGGUCAUCUUUUUCACCACCUUCAGAAUGAAGAAGACUGUCAGUGUUGUGUGGUUCCUCAACUUAGCCAUAGCUGACUUUAGCUUCACUUUUUUGCUGAUCCUCAGAAUUGUCCGUCUAGCCAUGGAUCACCACUGGCCCUUUGGUAGAUUCAUGUGCAUUCUAAAUAGUGCUAUUUUCUACAUCAAUCAGAUUGCUAGUCUCUUCUUGAUCACCGUCAUCAGCAUUGAUCGCCUCGUCUCGGUAAAGUUCCCUGUUUGGUGCCAGAAUCAUCGAACUCCGAGACUGGCCUCCAUUGUCACCUUGGUAGUUUGGGUCCUAGCAUUCAUUUUAAGCUUACCGUAUUCAAUGUUUAAGGACACAACUAAAGUUGAAAAUGUUGUUUAUUGUCUAAGCAACUAUUUCAGUGAUAAAGAUGUGGCGAGAAAUUAUGGUGUGACUAUAACCAGAUUCGUUGGCGGAUUUGUCCUUCCUCUCACUGUAAUCGUCUUAUGUUAUACAGUGAUUCUGUCGCACAUCCGGAGAAAAUACAUGACCAAGGCUAGAAAACCACUUAAAAUAAUAGCCGCUGUAAUCAUUUCAUUCUUUGUCUGCUGGUUUCCCUACCAUGUCUUCUCUCUUCUCAGACUGUCUAUAAAGUAUAGAGGCAAAGAACAUUUUAAGAAUGUAGUGCGCAUUGGAAUGCAAUAUUGUAAAAUUUUAGCCAUCAUGCACAGUUGCGUUAAUCCUGUUCUCUAUGUCUUCGUGGGUCGGGAUUUCAAAGAAAAGUUCCGGAGCUCCAUCCUGUCAAUAUUUGAACAUUCUUUUUUGGAGGAAACGGUCCAAACAAUUUCCAAGCGUUUAGACCAAGUCAACUUAUGAGUCUCCGCUACUGCCAAUUGAAACCACAAUUCCAAAAGAAUAUUUAGCGCACCCCUUAAUGAUCAACAAGUGUAAAGAGAUCCCUCACCCCUCACAGCCUGGCACACCACAUCUUCGCAGAACACUUGAGUCAGAAGAACAGUCCAAUGCUUUAUUUUUAUGUUUUAUUGAGGGGCAUAAACUUGGAUAGGGAUUAGGGUAUUAUGGGAUGACCACUUGAUCGAACAGUAGAAUUAUUCACAAACACAAACUAUAUACAGUCUGUAUACACAUUUCUCAUUUUAGCUACAGCCCGUGGCUGCUGGUGCUC